AGACCAGAAUUUCUGUCAUCUUCCUUUUAAGAUUUCUCAACUGAAAGCCCAUGCCUUAGCCAUAACAUGAGGAAGUAGUCAAGUUUCUUUAUUUGCUUAUUUUAUCCUUUUUAUUUUUAUACUAAAUUCUGUUAUAUAAAUUGUUUAUAUUAGUUUCUCUUGUACCAAUCUUUGAUUGCCUCUAUAAAAGGGAAAGCCUUGUGCCUAAUUACGUAUACUACCCAAAUCCCACACAUAAUAAUGAUGAUGAGAAGGAGCAAGAAUCUUUGUCUCCCUCCUCCUCUUAUUCUUCUUCUUCUUCUUAUCAUCUUUACAAGUCAUGAGCUUUUAAGUGUAACGGGAUUAGGGGAAAAGAGCUUUUAUAUAGUUUUCUUGGAAGAUCGUCCGGGGUUACAGCAAGAAUCUGCAGUCCAAACACACAUCAACGUCCUUUCCUCUGUCAAAGAAAGCCUUGUUGAAGCUAAGGAAUCCAUGGUCUAUAGCUACACCAAGAGCAUCAACGCAUUCGCUGCAAAGCUUUCCAGUGAUGAAGCCGACAAAUUAUCUCAGAUGGACGAAGUACUCUCUGUAAUUCCAAACCGGUACCGAAAGCUACACACAACAAGAUCCUGGGAUUUCACCGGCUUCCCUAUAACAGCUAAAAGAAAACUCAUGUCGGAAAGUGAUGUUAUUGUCGGUCUUUUGGAUACAGGAAUUACUCCAGGAUCUGAAAGCUUCAAGGAUGAUGGAUUUGGGCCUAUACCGAAGAGAUGGAAAGGAAGCUGUGUCCGUGCUGCUAAUUUCUCAGGAUGCAACAAAAAGCUUAUAGGAGCCAAGUACUUCAAGCUGGACGGCAAUCAUGAUCCAUCGGACAUCUCGUCACCAGUGGACGCUGAUGGUCACGGCACUCACACUUCGUCGACAGCGGUCGGCAACGUCAUUUCCAACGCCAGCCUCUUCGGUCUCGGCAAUGGGACGGCGCGUGGUGCAGUGCCCUCGGCUCGGGUAGCCAUGUACAAGGUGUGCUGGGCUUCUUUCGGGUGUGCCGACAUGGAUAUUCUCGCGGCGUUUGAGGCUGCUAUCGAUGAUGGUGUCGAUGUCAUAUCGGUCUCCAUUGGAGGGGGAUCCGCGGACUUUCUGACGGACUCUAUAGCGGUUGGAUCAUUUCACGCCAUGAAGAAGGGAAUCAUCACCGCCGCCUCUGCGGGAAAUGACGGCCCGGCUCUAGGCAUGGUCACCAAUACCGCGCCAUGGUUAUUUACUAUUGCAGCUAGUGGUAUUGAUAGGAGUUUCCGGAGCCAAAUCCAACUUGGUAAUGGAAAGAGCUUUUUGGGGGUUGGAAUAAACUCAUUCAAUCCAAACCAAAAACUAUACCCUCUUGUUAGUGGGACUGAUAUAGCUCAGAAUGCAGAGAGCAAAGAUCAAGCAAGGUUCUGUUUCGAUGGCACUCUUGACGCCAAGAAAGCAAAAGGAAAGCUUGUUUUGUGCGCGCUUGCAAAUUGGGGUACUGAUUCUGUGGUGAAAGGAAUUGGAGGGGUCGGAACAAUCUUGGAAAACGAUCAGUUUCUCGAUGCCGCCCAAAUUUUCAUGGCUCCAGGGACCCUAGUGAAUUCCACCGUUGGUGAAACAAUCAACGAUUAUAUACAUUCGACUAGAGCAGCAUCGGCAGUGAUACACAAGACCACCGAAGUGAAGAUCCGCGCUCCGUUUAUUGCGUCGUUUUCAUCUCGGGGUCCAAAUCCAGCAUCUAAGCGCGUACUCAAGCCUGAUAUUGCAGCACCAGGGAUUGACAUAUUGGCAUCGUACACUCCAUUGAAGUCACUGACGGGGUUGAAAGGCGACACACAAUUCUCAAAAUUCACCCUCAUGUCCGGUACUUCCAUGGCCUGUCCCCACGUCGCCGGCGUAGCCGCCUACGUUAAAUCAUUCCACCCCCAAUGGUCUCCUGCUGCCAUUCGAUCUGCCAUUAUCACUACUGCAACUCCAAUGAGCCGAAGGGUGAACGCCGAUGGAGAAUUCGCGUAUGGGGCGGGACAAGUAAACCCAAGAAGAGCCGUCAGUCCGGGCUUAGUCUACGACAUGAACGACAUGUCGUAUAUCCAGUUCCUCUGCCUGGAGGGCUUCAACAGCUCCUCUAUAGCUCAUUUAGUCGGUUCCAGGUCCAUAAACUGUUCGUCAUUGAUCCCUGGACUCGGCUACGACGCCCUCAACUACCCUACAUUCCAGCUUACGGUUAAUUCUAACAAACCGAUGACGAUUGGAAUAUACCGGAGGACUGUCACCAACGUUGGUCGGGCAAAAACAGUCUACAAUGUGUCUGUUAAGCCUCCGAAAGGAGUUGAGAUCACUGUCACUCCGCCGAUCCUCUCUUUCACUCGCACCUUGCAGAGGAGGAGCUUCAAGGUGGUGGUGAAGGCGAAUAAGAUGUCGUUCAGCGCGGGAUCAAUGGUUUCCGGUUCUCUUUCAUGGAAAAGCCCUCGUUACGUCGUUAAAAGCCCUGUCGUCGUUCACAGUCCAGUUCAAGAGAAUAAUGGUCAUCCACACAUUAUAAAUGUUGAUAAUGUUUUGUAAAAUAUGUAGAUCGAUCGAUCAGAGGGCAUUAAGGGACCAAUAAAAAAUAUGCACGGAACAUUAUAAUUAUAUUUUUAUAAGUAUACGUCUGUGAAUUAUAAUAAUCAUAUUCCUUUCCAUAAAAAAAAAAUCAUCUUGAUCAAUUAACGUGGAUAGAUGGCUUGUGACGAAUAUAAAUAAGUAGUUAAUGCA